AUGGAAUCAAUAGUAUUUGGUGGCGCAAAUUCCGGCCUCCAGGUGGGGACUAACAAUGCCCCGAUCACUGCGGAGUUUCAUAUCCUUGCGGGAUCGCGCGAGGAGGAAAUGCAGAGAAUUCUUCUCUGGGUCGGGUCCUUGUCAUUCUCUGCGAAGCAUAUAGAUGUGCUGGAGAGUGUCCAACCAGGGACGGCCGGAGCGGGAAAGACAAGACUCGUAUCUCUUAUUAUAGACCAUCUUGAGCAACAGGGAAGCUCCCCAGAUAGUAUCUAUACGUACAUCUACUGCGACUAUAGCCAGCGCAAAGAACAGACAGCCGCUGCUCUUUUAUCUAGCCUACUUCAACAGGUCCUCCAGCGAUCUACCAAGGAAACGUUGCCGCCGGAUGUGCUCUCACUUUACAACCUACACAAGAAGUACGGUACACGUCCCACAUUGACCCAAGUGGCCGAUAUCCUUCGUAAUCUGGCUUUGACUUUCAGGACCUUCCAUGUCGUUGUCGAUGCGCUGGAUGAAUGCGCAGAGUCGGAGGAAGAUGCUCUUCAGUUUGUCAAGGCUCUGAGCUCUAUAGGUCCUCAGAUUAAAGUUCUGUGUACCUCACGAUUCUCAACUAUAUUCGAAGGCUACUUCGCUACUUCUGAGACGCUUGAACUUUCUGCUCAGAGCCAAGACAUUAGAAUAUUCUUAGAAUCGCAGAUAGAGAAAGGGUAUAGACUAUCCCGGCAUGUUCGUGCGGAUCCAAGCCUGCAAGAUGAGAUCAUCAACGCCAUCAUUGAAGAAUCGCAGGGAAUGUUUCUCCUUGCAAAGCUACAUAUCGAGUCCCUGUCGACCAAGAUCAACCGCAAAGGAGUGCGAUCGUCUCUGAAGAGCCUUCCUAGCACAUUAGACGACACAUACUCAGAAGCUCUCCAAAGAAUCUACAGUCAAGACCCGGACGCCGUUGAUCUGGCAGAAACUAUCUUAUUCUGGAUCGUGUGUGCACGACGAGCCCUGACCGUCGUGGAGAUGCAACACAUGUACGCCACGCACCAGCUACCCCAAUUAAUGGCCCUGGAAGACGACGAUCUGCCAGAUAUCGAAAUCCUCACCAGCGUGUGUAGCGGCCUAAUUCUCAUCGAUGCAGAAUCGCGGACUAUCCGGCCCAUACACUACACUGUGCUGCAAUAUUUUGAGCGAAUUCAUGGCCAUAAACUCACAGACGCGCGACGGAAUCUCACUCUCGUCAGUUUAGCAUACCUGACUCUCUCCAAUUUCUCCGAUGGCAUCUGCCCCGACGACACGGCGAUGGCUGAGCGUCUCGAGAAGUACCCGUUUCUUGACUACGCUGCAAAGCACUGGGGCUCGGAAGGCGAGCACCUUGCCGCUAACUUUCCCUCGAAAGAAUUCCAUCGACUGGUCUCAAAUCCAACCGCAGUCGAAAUAACAAGCCAAGUAUGGAGUCUUGGUAGUGCUCGUUACAGCAACUGGAGCCAGGAAUUCCCACGACUCGUGCCGAUCCUCGUUCUAACCGCUGCGUUCAGUCUACCCGACGUCCUGCGCCAGAUGGUCCAGGACGGCCACGAUAUCGAGGGUAAAGGACGAGAUGGAGAGACCGCGCUCAUCCGUGCAGCAGCCUUUGGACACGCGGUAAAUGUCCGCGUCCUCCUCGAACUAGGGGCUGUGGUGGAGGCGCGAGACUACAUGGACGAAACCGCGUUGCAACGCGCCGCGCGAAAUGGAAAAGACGCCGUUGUCCGCGUUCUCCUGGCCGCCGGAGCAGACGUGAAUACCAAAACAUCGAGCGAUUGGACCGCGCUCAUGUCCAGCGUUUCCAGCGGAAGCCUCGAGGUUGUCCGGAUGCUCGUAGAAGCCGGCGCGAACUUGAACGCGGAAACGGCUUGGGGGGACUCGGCGCUCAGCAUUGCCGCACGCAGUAGCAUGGAAUCCAUUGCAACCUUUCUCGCGGAUAGUGGUGCAAUCCUUCCUCACGGGCCGGCAGGCCGCCGUGCGUCAAUCGCGGCAUCCCGUCGGGGCUUGCAACGGCUGGUCCGGCGUCUUACUAUAGAUUACGACAAAAUUGCCAACAAACCACUGGAACGGCAGAGUUCGCAGAUAAUGCGAGGAUUGUCGGGGAUUCGAGAAACUUCUGAUAGACAGAAUGAGCUCCAGGAUGAUCAAUUUUCAGACAUGAUGGAGAAUCUAAAAUACAACGUGGGAUUUUCCAAGCGAUACCGGACUGUCAAGUAUUUGGGCCGUGGCAGCUUCGGUACAGUGCAGCUUUGUGUCAAUAAGGUGACUGGUGUCAGUUACGCGGUCAAGAUCUGCGAUGCUCGCAGAGGGAUGAAUUAUGACAUGUUGUUGAAUGAGAUCACCAGCAUGCGAGAACAUCAGCAUCCCAACAUCCUGUACCUGGUUGAUGUCUUUGCCGAGUACUCAGAACGGACUGUGAGCUUAGUGCUAGAACUUGCCAUCGAAGGCGAGCUGUUCGACUACAUUAGUGCAAAGAAGAAACUCAGCGAAAGGGAGACGAGAAAACUGUUCUCGCAGUUUUUCUGCACUCGACUAUCUGGUAAGUCCGUCAUAUCCACCCGCAGAACUUCGUGGCUAAGGACACAGCACGACGGGGGAUGGGUGCACCGAGACGUCAAGCCACAGAACUUAUUACUCACAGACACCGAAAAUUUGACCUUGAAAUUGGCAGACUUUGGAAUCGCAAAGAAAAUCGGUUCCAAUCAAGGGAGAGGAGAGUUGGCCACCACCAUGGUCGGAACACUUGGCUGUACAUUUCCCGUCCCUUCCUUUCCAGAAGCACCCGUAGUCGCUAACAUCAAUCUAGAUAUGGCCCCAGAGGUCUUUCAAGAGGAUCGCCUUGCCGGAUACGGAUUUCCAGUAGACGUCUGGUCAAGCGGCGUCGUUAUGUACGUUUGCUUGUGUGGGUUUGAACCCUUUCGUGGCGUCGCCAGAACGCUGGAAGGCCGAUUUGAUUAUCCUUCCCCAUACUGGGACUCGGUGACGGAUCUAGCCCUGGAUCUCAUUGAUAGCAUGCUGGUGGUUGAUGUGGAGCGGCGGCAUACCGUCAAGCAGUGUAUCAGUCAUCCGUGGAUGCUAUAUCAAAAUCAUCAGAUACUAGAUGACGGGGUCGGAUCUACAAGUCCGCAGGCGGAUGAUAUUUCAGACCAUAGUAAUACUAGUACUAUUAGUGGCCCCUGGGAAGACUUUUAG